UCUUGAUUAGUGUUCCUCUGCUAUAGCUCUCUAGCCUUUCAAAGAAGUAACUGCUCUGCUUUUGGUAAAUAGAGGAGGAUUACAAAUAGCAGGCUGUCAUACAAGUUCAUGUUUGCUGUGUGGACUGUGUAGCUCCGAUUUCAAGCAGUUUGGAAUUUGUUUUUGUUUUUUGUUAAUUUAAAUUAUGCUGAAAGGGAAGUGAAACUCGUGAGUACAGUUACACGUGAUUUGAAAAUGACUAUCUUGUUUUCCUAUAUUACAUAAACAUACAUUUAUAAGGUGGCAGCAAGGCAAAAUCGCACAUCAUAUUUGGAUUAAACAUCUGGAACUUGUGAGCCAGCCCUUCCCAACCCUUUACAAGUAAUAAGCAGCAUGGUUGAAGAAGAACUCUGUGUUUUAUAGCACAAUAUGGCUAUGUCUAUUCUCCAUCAAGUUUCUACAGUCGCAACGGCUGAUAUGAAUAAAGUCGUGUUGUGGUCGCGGGAGGAAGUUUCUCUCUGGCUUAAGGAUCAGGGGUUGCAGGAGUACUUGGAACCUUUGCAGAACUGCGAUGGACCAACUUUGUUAAAUCUCACUACAGACGACUUCAAGAGGCCACCCCUUUCCAGGGUCACAUCAGAUGGUGGCAGGCAGCUCUUGGACAAGAUUGAUACUCUUAAAAUCGUGCAUCACAUUGACAUGCACAAGAAUGGACAUGCUAACGGGCACAUGGUCUUGAAUCAUGAUGGGAAUGCCGGGAGCGCCAGCAAGGCUCAACGGAAUGGCAUGGUGAAUGGCUUCCAUAAGGAACUGGUGCAGAUUCCCAUACCAGAACCAGCCUCUCCACCGUUUCCUACGGAAUGGGGAAAGACGGCUGUUGCCCUUGUCUAUGCCUUAUGCUGCUUCGUCUUUACCACCAUCAUUAUAUCUGUGGUCCAUGAACGUGUGCCUCCUAAGGAGGCAACUCCACCACUUCCGGACAAGUUCUUUGACUUUUUUGACCGAGUGGAGUGGGCUUUCUCUGUAUGUGAGAUUAAUGGAAUGAUUCUCAUGGUUCUGUGGAUUAUACAGUGGAGUCUCUUAAAACACAAAUCUAUUAUUAUUCGACGGUUCUUUUUCAUAGUCGGGACACUGUACCUCUACAGAUGCAUUACAAUGUAUGUCACUACUCUUCCAGUGCCUGGCAUGCACUUCAAAUGCUCUCCCAAGCUGCAUGGUGACUGGGAAUCUCAGAUACGGAGGGUGAUGAAAUUGAUCGCAGGAGGCGGUUUAACCAUCACUGGCUCUCAUAACAUGUGUGGAGACUACCUGUACAGCGGCCACACAGUCAUGCUCACCAUUAUGUAUCUCUUCAUGAAAGAGUAUUCUCCUAGAAGGUUCUGGUGGUACCACUGGGGCUGCUGGGUUCUCUGUGCAAUAGGACUCUUCUGCAUUCUACUUGCUCAUGACCACUACACCAUUGAUGUUGCUGUGGCCUACUUCAUCACUACACGCCUCUUCUGGUGGUACCACACUAUGGCCAACCAACAAGCACUAAAAGAGACAUCCCAGACCAACUUUUUCACCCGUGUUUGGUGGUACAGAUUUUUCCUGUACCUGGAAAUGAACGUUUCCACCAUCGUCCCUCGUAGCUAUCAGAGGCCCUUUUCAUGGCGAUCGCUGCAGUGGAGUCAUGUGAAGUACACACGGAUAGACUCCGAAUGACUGGGGACAUGUCCAUAUGGACAUUGGUCUCAGAAACAUGCACCCAAAGUGACGGAACACAAAAACCUGAAGAUGGCCUGAAAUUGUAGCUAAACCCAUUAACACUCCGCUAUGAGUCUCAGUCUAACAAAAUGAUCAUCCAAAGCUUCUCUUUCCUCACAGGACUGAUUUUAGGAUCUUGGAUGUAAAGCUUACAAUAUACAGUUUGUAUGGGGUUAAGGUUAUAGGAAUGGUUCUUACAAAACUAUAUUUGUGCCAUUUAAUCAUGUUUUUCUAAACCUUGAUGACUUAAUUUCUUCAGUGGAAUAGCCUGGUCGCUCUUUUUAGUGCAGUUGCUAUAAAUGGCAAUUGAGGCUUUCAAGCUUCAAAAAGGACACAAAAAGCUCCAUAAAAGUUGCCCUAUCUUUGCCAAAGCUAUCAUAUGGCUUCAUUAUACUUGGAAUAUAUCAUACAAAUUGUAUGGACCACUUUUAUGAUAUUUUUAUGCUACUUUUUCCCAUUCUGGCUUUCAAAGAGCAGCCUGGAUAUUCUUUAAAAAUUCACCUUUUGUGUUCCAUGAAAGAGAGUCAUAUGGUUUGGCAUGACAAUGUGAAUAACUUGACAAUGUGUAGCCUAAUUAUGUUUGCCCCUGUUUACUGGCAGUAAGCCAUCUUUUCCCAAAAAAAAUUGUUAGCCCAAAUUGAAGCAAUGUAUUUUCAAAUGGGUUUUGUAAAGCAUUUCAUUUUCUAGUCAUUUGCCUAAUACGUGCCGUCAGAGUAGGUUUCUAUGAAUCUGAUUUUUAUUUUUCAAACUACUGCUUUAUUUUUUGUACUUAAAAAAAGCUACAGAAGGCAAAUAUAUGUUCGGAUAAUCUAACACUCCUCAGUGCCUUAAUUGUUUGUAUUGAUCAGUGUUCUGGCGGUCAUCUGUAAUAAUGUAUUUAUGUUUGUUGACAAUGUCAGUGUUUUGGACUUGAUCUGUUAUAUUCAUGGUGGUUGUAACCACCAUCUGCUGAUCUCUAGUACUACAAGCUUGAAAUAUUCUCAUUGUCACCUGAAUGUAACAGUCUGGUUACUUUUCAAAGUGUCUUUCCAUGACAGUGUCCUCAAAGCUAAUUCAGAUGCCCUUAACCAAUUCUCUGUUGUAAAUUUAUUUAUUUAUGUUUUUGUUGUGUUUAUUAUUUCACACAGUGGAAUAUGGAAUUAUGUUUUGUCAGGUUGUUUCAUUCAGACAGUCAGUGCUUUUGACUCUGAGCUCCUGGUCUCUGAGGAGGGGUGUGCUGGUUUGACUGUAUGCACAGAGAUUCAUUUGGAGGGGCUUUAUAACUGUUCUUGUUUUGCUGUGUCUUGAAUGACAAGAACAAUGUGACCCAACCUAAACUCUUCAUGAGCCAGAUAAUCUGUCAUAGUGACCACCCAAUUCAACAAGCUGCUAAUUGUGAUUUACUGGUGGGAGGUGUACAGUGUGUCCACUAACAAACAAAUAAAUUACAAUUAUUAGCACAAAAUGUCUUUGUUUCAGUUUUGUGUGUGUGUGUGUGUGUUUUGUUUUUUGUGUGUGUGCAUGUGCGCGUUCAUGCAUGCUUGUUUGUGUUGUUUUGUUUUGUUACAAUGUCCACAUGUACACUUG